AUGACACGAGGUGACAGUAAUGGCCUGUUUGCUGCUCUUAGGGGAAGUGGACGUAUUCAUCACCCAGAGUUAGUGGAGGCCUUGAUAGAGGUAGUGGAGGCCUUGACAGAGUUAGUGGAGGCCUUGACAGAGUUAGUGGAGGCCUUGACAGAGUUAGUGGAGGUCUUGACAGAGGUAGUGGAGGCCUUGACAGAGGCAGUGGAGGCCUUGACAGAGUUAGUGGAGGUCUUGACAGAGUUAGUGGAGGCCUUGACAGAGUUAGUGGAGGUCUUGACAGAUGGAGGCCUUGACAGAGGUAGUGGAGGCCUUGACAGAGGUAGUGGAGACCUUGACAGAGGUAGUGGAGGCCUUGACAGAGGUAGUGAAGACCUUGACAGAGGCAGUGGAGGCCUAGUGGAGGCCUUGACAGAGUUAGUGGAGGUCUUGAUAGAGGUAGUGGAGGCCUUGACAGAGUUAGUGGAGGCCUUGAUAGAGGUAGUGGAUGCCUUGACAGAGAUAGUGGGGGUCUUGACAGAGGUAGUGGAGGCCUUGACAGAGGUAGUGGAGGCCUUGACAGAGGUAGUGGAGGCCUUGGCAGAAGUAGUGGAGGCCUUGACAGAAGUAGUGGAGGCCUUGACAGAAGUAGUGGAGGCCUUGACAGAGGUAGUAGAGGCCUUGACAGAAGUAGUGGAGGCCUUGACAGAGGUAGUGGAGGCCUUGGCAGAAGUAGUGGAGGCCUUGACAGAUGUAGUGGAGGGCUUGACAGAAGUAGUGGAGGGCUUGACAGAGGUAGUGGAGGCCUUGACAGAGUUAGUGGAGGCCUUGACAGAGUUAGUGGAGGCCUUGACAGAGGCAGUGGAGGCCUUGACAGAGGUAGUAGAGGCCUUGACAGAAGUAGUGGAGGCCUUGACAGAGGUAGUGGAGGCCUUGGCAGAAGUAGUGGAGGCCUUGACAGAGGUAGUGGAGGCUUUGACAGAGGUAGUGGAGGCCGUGACAGAAGUAGUGAAGGUCUUGACAGAGUUAGUGAAGGCCUUGAAAGAGGUAGUGGAGGCCUUGACAGAGUUAGUGGAGGCCUUGACAGAGUUAGUGGAGGCCUUGACAGAGGCAGUGGAGGCCCUGACAGAGGCAGUGGAGGCCUUUACAGAGUUAGUGGAGGUCUUGACAGAGUUUGUGGAGGCCUUGACAGAGUUUGUGGAGGUCUUGACAGAGUUAGUGGAGGCCUUGACAGAGUUAGUGGAGGUCUUGAUAGAGUUAGUGGAGGUCUUGACAGAAGGUAGUGGAGGCCUUGACAGAGGUAGUGAAGACCUUGACAGAGGCAGUGGAGGCCUAGUGGAGGCCUUGACAGAGUUAGUGGAGGUCUUGAUAGAGGUAGUGGAGGCCUUGACAGAGUUAGUGGAGGCCUUGAUAGAGGUAGUGGAUGCCUUGACAGAGAUAGUGGGGGUCUUGACAGAGGUAGUGGAGGCCUUGACAGAGGUAGUGGAGGCCUUGACAGAGGUAGUGGAGGCCUUGGCAGAGGUAGUGGAGGCCUUGACAGGUAGUGGAGGCCUUGACAGAGUUAGUGGAGGCCUUGACAGAGUUAGUGGAGGCCUUGACAGAGUUAGUGGAGGUCUUGACAGAGGUAGUGGAGGCCUUGACAGAGGCAGUGGAGGCCUUGACAGAGUUAGUGGAGGUCUUGACAGAGUUAGUGGAGGCCUUGACAGAGUUAGUGGAGGUCUUGACAGAGUUAGAGGAGGCAGUGGAGGCCUUGACAGAGGUAGUGGAGGCCUUGACAGAGGUAGUGAAGACCUUGACAGAGGCAGUGGAGGCCUAGUGGAGGCCUUGACAGAGUUAGUGGAGGUCUUGAUAGAGGUAGUGGAGGCCUUGACAGAGUUAGUGGAGGCCUUGAUAGAGUUAGUGGAGGCCUUGACGGAGGCAGUGGAGGCCUUGACAGAGUUAGUGGAGGUCUUGACAGAGUUUGUGGAGGCCUUGACAGAGUUUGUGGAGGUCUUGACAGAGUUAGUGGAGGCCUUGACAGAGUUAGUGGAGGUCUUGAUAGAGUUAGUGGAGGUCUUGACAGAAGGUAGUGGAGGCCUUGACAGAGGUAGUGAAGACCUUGACAGAGGCAGUGGAGGCCUAGUGGAGGCCUUGACAGAGUUAGUGGAGGUCUUGAUAGAGGUAGUGGAGGCCUUGACAGAGUUAGUGGAGGCCUUGAUAGAGGUAGUGGAUGCCUUGACAGAGAUAGUGGGGGUCUUGACAGAGGUAGUGGAGGCCUUGACAGAGGUAGUGGAGGCCUUGACAGAGGUAGUGGAGGCCUUGGCAGAGGUAGUGGAGGCCUUGACAGGUAGUGGAGGCCUUGACAGAGUUAGUGGAGGCCUUGACAGAGUUAGUGGAGGCCUUGACAGAGGUAGUGGAGGCCUUGACAGAGGUAGUGGAGGCCUUGACAGAGGUAGUGGAGGCCUUGGCAGAGGUAGUGGAGGCCUUGACAGUGGAGGCCUUGACAGAGGUAGUGGAGGCCUUGACAGAGGUAGUGGAGGCCUUGACAGAGGUAGUGGAGACCUUGACAGAGGUAGUGGAGGCCUUGACAGAGGUAGUGAAGACCUUGACAGAGGCAGUGGAGGCCUAGUGGAGGCCUUGACAGAGUUAGUGGAGGUCUUGAUAGAGGUAGUGGAGGCCUUGACAGAGUUAGUGGAGGCCUUGAUAGAGGUAGUGGAUGCCUUGACAGAGAUAGUGGGGGUCUUGACAGAGGUAGUGGAGGCCUUGACAGAGGUAGUGGAGGCCUUGACAGAGGUAGUGGAGGUCUUGAUAGAGUUAGUGGAGGCCUUGACAGAGGCAGUGGAGGCCUUGACAGAGUUAGUGGAGGUCUUGACAGAGUUAGUGGAGGUCUUUACAGAGUUAGUGGAGGUCUUGAUAGAGUUAGUGGAGGCCUUGACGGAGGCAGUGGAGGCCUUGACAGAGUUAGUGGAGGUCUUUACAGAGUUAGUGGAGGUCUUGACAGAGUUAGUGGAGGCCUUGACAGAGUUAGUGGAGGCCUUGACAGAGGCAGUGGAGGCCUUUACAGAGGCAGUGGAGGCCUUGACAGAGUUAGCGGAGGCAUUUACAGAGUUAGUGGAGGUCUUGACAGAGUUAGUGGAGGCCUUGACAGAGUUAGUGGAGGCCUUGACAGAGGCAGUGGAGGCCUUUACAGAGGCAGUGGAGGCCUUGACAGAGUUAGUGGAGGUCUUGACAGAGGUAGUGGAGGCCUUGACAGAGGCAGUGGAGGCCUUGACAGAGUUAGUGGAGGUCUUGACAGAGUUAGUGGAGGCCUUGACAGAGUUAGUGGAGGUCUUGACAGAGUUAGUGGAGGCCUUGACUGAGGCAGUGGAUGCCUUGACAGAGGCAGUGGAGCCUUGA